CAAUUUGAUCGGUUUAUUACUACAGUACACAGCCGCGCGACAACAACAAACAUGGCGGACGUGAGCCUGGACGACAUCAUCCAACAGCGCAAAUUUCGUUUUGGAAAGCCGCAAGGGAUGAGGGUUAAUGAUGGGGGAGGAAAGAGCUGGAUGCCCACGAAAGGCCGCCUCAUCAAGUCAACUUAUUUGGACCACAACUCUGCUCCACAGAGUUUUGGUGAUGUGAGAAACAAAAUCAUCCAGAACAAGAGACUGCGAAUGAGGGAUGCACGGGACCGUCUGGCUGAACUUGCCAAGCAAGGAGAUGCUCGGGAGCGAAUCAACAAAAUGAGAAGAAAAACUGUUCCUCUAAAGAAGUCUCCAAUAUCCAGACCCCCAGGGAAAAUAAUUCACAAUGAGAACCGCCCUUCAUAUCUAGCAGGCAAGACCCAGAUGAAGGGUACAUCACUUAUCCGAACGGUGGCUGGUGAGAUGAACAGCACCAAGCCUGGCCUCCCAGUCCGUCAUCAGCAGGCAGCGAGGGAUGGAUGGCUCCAGGCAGUACAGAAGACUAGUAAUGCAAGUGGUCGUUACCAUCCCAUCCCCAACAACCCUCAUGUUGUCACUAUUAAGAAUGAAAAAGCAGAAUUACAAAACUCUUACCCUCACAACUUUAACAGAGUACAAACAAGAUCUCAGCCAGUGAAGCUUACUGCCCGUGCUCCAUUAUCAAGAGCUGGUGGUCUGACUUCAUUUUCUUCAAGCCGAGAGAUGAGUGGAAUGCGAUCUGCAGGAAUGAUGCGAGCAAGAUCUCCAGUACAGUUGAUGCAUCGUCCUAGGAAAUCCCCUGAUUUGGAGGAGGUUCGUCCCACAAGACUUGAAAUAACCACCUCCAACAAUUAUAGGGAACCCAGCCCUACAUACAGUGAUGAAUGGGAUCUGCCUGCUAGACAUCCUCCUCGGCUCCCAGUGACCAGACCAGUCCCUGCAAGGCUUCCAGAGCCAGAACCUGAAAGAUUGGCAGUCAGAGUUCCUGCCAAAAAGAGACCAAUUUAUGAUGAGAAGCAUAUAGAGCCAAUGCGCCACCCCAAGAAAGUGGCAUCCAUAUCUUCAGGUCUCAUGGCUCGCCUUGACCAACCUCAACGGCCCAGUCAGGUGCAGGGAACAAAGGUACUAGUGACCAAUCUGCACCACUGUGUUAGUGUUGAAGACAUGGAGGAGCUAUUUGGCACAAUUGGCAAUAUUCUCUCUGCUCGUAUGGUGAGGGAAGGUGUGGCAGAAGCAGUUUUCAUGAACGAAGAGGAUGCUUACAAAUCAGUGGAAGUGUUUAAUAACCGUCAGUUGGAUGGACAACCCAUGUGUGUGUCAGUGGUCAAUAAGAAGGUUCCAGUGCUUGCUGCUGCUGCUCCUCCACAGCCUUCAAGGACAGAAACAAAGUCAGUUCUGAAAGCUGCAAGCGGUGGAAACAGCAGCGUGGUAAGACCUACUGCGACCAACCCAGCUACCAAAAGGCAGAGAGCAGUUACUCCAAAUAUAACAACUAUCCAUCAGGCACUGUUCAACAGAUCAAAUCCACCAGCUUCAGACCAAGUCUUUCUUGUCAAGUUGCCUAAGCCUACCAUUAAGAAAGGUGAAGCUUAGACACCCCACUCCAUUAAUAUUCUGCCCUUCAGUUUUAAGAGACAUUUCUUGAAUAUUAUAAGUAAUUAUUGUAUGUUUUGUAAUUUUGAUUAUGGCAGAUAUUGCAAUCCAUUUGUAACUGUAGCCUUGUAAUUGUACUGAAUUUUUAUUGUACUUGUAAUGGGAUAAAUUGUUAUGAUUUAUGAUUUAAUACAUAUUAUCUGGUGAU